ACCGGCAGAUUUAUCAAGUUGCGAAAUACAAUUGGGAGCUUAAUUCAAAUAUGUCCGAUUUGGAGCCGGAAAAUGAAGAAAAGUUGGCGGAACAGGAGCAGCCGGAGGAACUGGAUGCCGCCAAACUGCUGGAGACCACCGCCGCUCUUCAGGAGGACGAGGAUCUGGCAAAUAUCGUGACAGCCGAGGAAUAUUUGAUGUGCAAGGAUGUGGUCCUCUUGGAAUACGAAAAACAAAUGUUUCUCGAUCAGGUUCAGGCCGAUGGUCUUCUAGUUUGCGCCAAGGGCCUGAGUUACGAACGCGUUUUGAUCAAUAUAUUAAAGGCCUACAGCGACUCGGGGAAUUUGGUACUCGUGAUCAACAGUUCCGACUGGGAGGAGAAGUAUUUCAAGUCCAAAAUGGAACCCAAAUAUGUCCACGAGGUGGCCAAUACGGCUACAGAAAGAGAGCGAGUUUAUGUGGAAGGUGGCUUGCAGUUCAUCAGCACCCGUAUCCUGGUGGUGGAUCUGCUGAAGCAGCGCAUUCCCAUCGAGCUGAUCACCGGGAUUAUUGUCCUGCGGGCGCACACCAUCAUCGAGAGUUGCCAGGAGGCGUUCGCAUUGCGGCUGUACCGGCAAAAGAAUAAAACCGGCUUCGUGAAGGCAUUCUCCAGCAGUCCGGAGGCCUUCACCAUUGGCUACUCGCAUGUGGAGCGCACCAUGCGCAAUCUGUUCGUGAAACAUUUGUACAUUUGGCCAAGAUUCCAUGCCACCGUUCGUGGCACCCUGCAGCCGUGGCAGACACAAACAAUCGAGCUGCAUGUGCCUCUCAGCCAGAGCAUGACCGCGAUUCAAACCCACAUUCUGGACAUAAUGAACUUUCUGGUGCGGGAAAUCAAGCGGAUUAAUCGCACCGUUGACAUGGAUGCGGUCACCGUGGAGAACUGUGUGACCAAGAAGUUUCAUAAAAUACUGCAGGCUCAGCUGGAUUGCAUCUGGCAUCAGCUCAAUUCACAGACCAAAUUAAUUGUGGCCGAUCUCAAGAUUCUGCGCAGUCUGAUGAUCUCCACCAUGUACCACGAUGCCGUCAGUGCAUAUGCCUUGAUGAAACGCUAUCGCAGCACGGAAUAUGCCCUAAGUAAUUCUGGUUGGACUUUAUUGGAUGCCGCCGAGCAGAUUUUUAAGCUCUCGAAACAACGUGUUUUCAAUGGACAGCAGGAAUUUGAGCCCGAACCGUGUCCCAAAUGGCAGGCUCUCACGGAUCUGCUCACCCAGGAUAUACCCGGCGAUAUGCGUCGCUGUAGGCGUACGGAACAGCCAAAAGUAUUGAUCCUCUGCCAGGAUGCACGCACGUGCCAUCAGUUAAAACAAUAUCUCACGCAAGGUGGGCCACGUUUUCUCCUCCAACAGGCCCUGCAUCAUGAGGUGCCCGUGGGCAAACUGAGCGAUAAGUAUGCCAAAGAGAGCCAAGGCAGCAGCAGCAGCCGCGAAGCUCCAUCCUCUGCAUUGAAGAAGCCCCUUAAAGAGGAGGCUUCUAGUUCUCAAACUCCUGCCGGUUUGGAUGAACUGGCUCAGCUUUUAAGCGAAACGGAGGCAGAGGGCCAGCACUUUGAGGAGAGCUACAUGCUAACCAUGACACAGCGGUUGGUGACACAGCAGGAGCCUCAAUUGGACAUUAAAUUCGAUCCAGAUAUGUCCAUUUUCGAAACCAUACCAGAACUGGAGCAAUUCGAUGUGACAGCGGCACUGGCGGCGGUGCCGCAUCAGCCGUACAUCUGUCUGCAGACCUUCAAAACGGAAUCCGAGGGUGCAAUGGCACUGGAGCACAUGCUGGAGCAACUGCAGCCGCACUAUGUGGUCAUGUACAAUACGAAUGUGACCGCCAUACGGCAGCUGGAGGUUUUUGAAGCCAGGCGUCGCCUGCCGCCUGCAGAUCGACUAAAGGUUUAUUUUCUCAUCCAUGCACGCACCGUGGAGGAGCAGGCCUAUCUGACCAGUUUGCGUCGCGAGAAAGCCGCCUUUGAGUUGAUUAUCGAUACGAAAAGUAAAAUGGUGAUACCCGAGUACCAGGACGGCAAAACCGAUGAAGCCUUCUUGCUCUUCAAGAACUAUGAUGAUGAAUUGGCUGGGGAAAAUGCCAAGAGCCGUCAGGCAGGUGGCCAGGUAUCGCAGGCACCCAAAGAGACGCCCAAAGUCAUUGUGGAUAUGCGUGAGUUUCGAUCGGAUUUGCCUUGCUUGAUUCACAAGCGCGGCCUGGAAGUGCUGCCCCUGACCAUUACGAUUGGCGACUAUAUACUUACGCCCGAUAUUUGUGUGGAACGCAAGUCGAUUUCGGAUUUAAUUGGUUCCCUGAACUCGGGCAGAUUGUACAACCAGUGUGUGCAGAUGCAACGACACUAUGCGAAACCCAUUUUACUGAUCGAAUUCGAUCAGAACAAACCGUUUCAUUUGCAGGGUAAAUUCAUGCUCUCACAGCAGACGAGCAUGGCCAAUGCGGAUAUAGUGCAGAAGUUGCAACUGCUAACGCUGCACUUUCCAAGGCUGCGACUCAUUUGGUCACCCAGUCCGUAUGCCACCGCUCAGCUUUUUGAGGAAUUGAAACUGGGCAAACCCGAACCGGAUCCCCAAAAAGCGGUGGCCGUCGGCAGUGACGAGCCAACGGCCGGCGAGCAAUUGCAUUUCAAUAGCGGCAUCUACGAUUUCCUGCUACGUCUGCCCGGCGUUCAGACGCGCAACAUACACGGGCUACUCCGGAAGGGUGGCAGCCUGCGGCAGUUGUUGCUGCGCAGCCAAAAGGAGCUGGAGGAGCUGCUGCAGUCGCAGGAGAGCGCCAAACUGCUGUACGACAUCCUGCAUGUGGCCCAUUUGCCGGAGAAGGACGAGGUGGCCGGCUCGACGGCGCUGCUGGCAGCUGGCAAGCAAUUUGGCGCCGGAUCGCAUAAUCGCUUCAGGAAGGCGGCAGCCGAAUCGCGAAGGGGUCGUCGCUAAACGGAAUGGAGGUGCCAUACAAAUAGGCUGCUGUUGCAGGACAUCAACAGGAUAACAUUCAAGGCAUAAAAUCGGGAAAAGCAAAAACUGAUGGACAACAAAGGGAGCAAGUAGUCUCUGCACCGAAGUGCCGAGCAAACAGUCAGACAGGCAAAUUAUGG